UCUCUAGACGCUCCUGCAGCGACGCGUGGAAGAAACUUUAAAGGGCUCCGGGAUUCCGAACGCGUGACCAUGGCAACAGAACGUUGUGCUGACUGUCUCCUUAGCAACGGGCGGGCGCUGCUCCCUGCCUUGCCCUUUUGCAGGCGCUGGGACGGCAGCUGGGGGCCCACGGCUCCCCAUUCCCUGAGCCGAGGGUCCCUGCGGGGGGCUGGGCCACGAUGGCUUUCGAACUGGAAGAAUAUCUGCGGGCAGCUUUCCGGGACAAGCUGCUGCUGCCGUGAGAAAAUGCCUGAAAGAGAAGACGACUACCUGACCCCUGCCACCCGCCUGCUGGAGAAGAGGAGGGAGCUGGCAGAGGUGGAACAAGCCCUGUUGGCACAGAAAGAGGAGUUCCAGAUGAAGAUGGAGAGCCUGCAGCAGCGCCGGAAGGAACUGCAGUACAAGGAGGGGCAGCUCAAGGAGGCCAUCUUCAAAUUUGACAAGUUCCUAAAGGACAAUGACGCCAAGCGGAGCCGGGCACUGCACAAGGUGAGUGAGCAGCGGGAGCAGGUGGUGCAGAAGGUCGUGGAGGCCAUGCGGUUGCGCCAGGAGAUUGCCCGGCUGCUCGUGGAGAGGGACAGGCUGCAGCGGCGCCUGGAAGCCCAUGCCAUCUUCCGGAGCUAUCUCCAGGGGGUGUUGGAGAAGACCGAGCAGUUUCAGGACAUCCAGCCGCUGAUUGACCGCUUCAGGACGCUGACUGCCACCCACGCGGUGCUGGUGCAGCAGGACCUGGGGAGCCGGGAGGCGAUGGCGGAGACGCAGGCCCAGCUCCAGCAGUACCUGGCGCAGAGCAGCAACCAGAUCAUGCAGCUCAACAACCAGCUGGCCCUGCUGCAGGCCCAGCGGGAGCAGGCCCGGGCCAAGGUGCACCAGUGGGAGUCCAAGUGGACUGAGAUCCAGAGCACAGCCGCCAAGAAGACCCUGCAACUGGGGCAGAUCAAGAUGGCUGCCCUCAACCUCUUCCAGCUGGCGACAAAGCAAAUGAAGCUGCAGGUGGACGUCCCCCUGGAGGACACAGAAACCCAGCUUGACACGGUUCAGCUCUGCAUGCUCGACCUGGCUGACAUCCUUGCUGACCUCCGCCAAGGGGAGCCCUCGCCUGCUGCUGCCAGCUAAGCCACUCAGCAUCCUCCCAGCUGCACCGCCUCCACUCUGGACCAGGGCCUUGUGCCAACAGGCACCAGACCUGUCAGAGCAGCUUCCUCUCCUGCUGCCCCAUGGAAUCAUCGCACCUGCAGCCUUUGCAUGUGCUAUGGCCACUUCUAUGGACAGCCCCAAGCAGCAGGACUUUGCUGCCUAGGAGAAGGCUCCUGAAAUGAUGGGACAGAAGUCAGUGAUCUUCAGGUAUUUCCAGCCAUCAACUCUGCCUACUGAUGCACCAUUAACCCCGAGGUCUGGAGUCUUCCAACCUUCUUCUGUAACAUCAGGACUGAUGUAGAAUGCACAGCCCCUCUGGGGAAAUACUUUGUUCCAUCCUUGAGCAAUUCAGGGAUUAAAGCAGCAACUGUCUGACCCAGUUUAAAACACUUCAUCACCUCCUUGAUUUAGUUAAACAAGGUUCCAAAAUCCAACCUGUGGGCAUGCACAACAGCUGGGCCCAACUAGCCUCGGUCAGUUUCUCCAGCCAAUGUCCCCUUAGGCUCUUGUCUGUGUUGCACGCACAGCAAGGAGGUUGAAAGACAAUAGAAAAAAUUGUUUAUUGGAGUAAAAGUGUGGGCCAUUAUUUACAUUGACUUUUGAUACAAAGCUUAGUUCAAUUUAGGCUGAAA